AUGCCGAUUGCACCUCUGAUGGUCGACUACUUGGCCUCACCAUGGAUCCUAGCCACUGUUCCAGUCUGGCUGGUUCUGUACUACUUAAUUCCAUACUUCACAACCUAUAGCAUUUUAGCCCGCGUUCCGGGCCCCUUCGUCGCCAAUUUCAGCAAUUUAUGGGUCGCUUUAGGUGCUCGGCGAGGCAAGAAGUUCGAGAUUGUUGAUCGGGCUCAUCGCAAAUACGGCAAAGUGGUUCGCAUUGGUUUCAACCAUGUCUCCAUCGCCGACGAGCGAGGGCUCAACAUCGUCUAUGGCCACGGGAACGGUUUCUUGAAAGAUCAUUACUAUGAAGCAUUUAUCGCGAAGACCCCCGGCAUGUUCAACGUCCGCGACCGUGCUGAACAUACCCGUAAGCGCAAAAUCAUCGCCCAUGCUUUCUCGCCUCGAUCUGUUGCCGAAUUUGAGCCUCAUAUGACAGCAAAUUUGGAGCGAUGGGUGAAACAGCUGGACUUAAUUGCUGCAAAAGCGCCUCCCAAGAAGAAGUAUGGCGAGUUCAACGCUAUGCCCUGGUUCAGCUACAUCGCUUUCGAUAUCAUCGGUGACCUGGCAUUCGGAUCCCCAUUCGGUAUGGUGGAUAAGGGCAAGGAUGAGGCCGAGAGCCAACUUGUACCGGGUGGUCCUAUUAGAAAAGCUCCCGCUGUUGACGUGCUGAACCGUCGAGGCGAGAUCUCUUCUACCCUCGGUCUUCUCCCAACCCUCCGUCCCAUUGCUCGAUAUUUACCCGAUCCCUUCUUCUCCAAGGGUGUUGCUGCUGUGGCGAACUUAACAGGUAUUACAAUUGCCGCUGUCGCGACACGACUGGACGCCACUGAACGUGGCGUCGAUAACAAGCGUAACGAUAUUCUCGGUCGCUUGAUUCAGGCUCGUGACUCCAAAGGAGAACCUAUGGGCCGCGAAGAGCUCAUAGCAGAGGCUCUGACCCAGCUGAUUGCCGGCUCAGACACGAUUUCUAACACUGCCUGCGCCUGUUUCUACUGGAUUCUCGCCGGUGAGCGCGCUAACCCCGGAAAAAUCGUUGCUCGGCUUCAGAAGGAGCUGGACGAUUCCAUUGGCGCUACCUCUCAGAUAGCCGCAUACUUUCAAGUCCGUGAUCUACCCUUCUUGCGUCGCUGCAUCGACGAAGCCAUGCGUCUUCACUCCACGUCAGCAAUUGGACUCCCUCGUCUCGUUGCCCCUGGUGCCGGUGUCACAUUUGACGGAUACUACUUUCCUCCUGGAACAGUUCUCUCCGUUCCUUCAUAUACUAUCCAUCACAUGGAAGAGAUUUGGGGACCAGAUGUGGAUGAAUUCAAACCCGAUCGCUGGCUCAACCUGACGCCGCGACAAAAGUCCGCGUUCAAUCCAUUCUCGUACGGACCACGAGCGUGUGUUGGUCAGAAUGUGGCUGUGAUGGAACUUCAGUUAAUAAUUGGCACGCUAUUCCACCGUUAUGAAUUUGAAUUGUAUCAGAAGGAGAUAGAGUCAUACGAGGGUUUCUCAAAGAAACCGAAGUAA